GAGCCGCUAGGUGAGCGAAGCAGACCCAGCAGCCGCGGCUCCUCGGCACUCCGCCCAGCACCUGCUGCCCUCGCCCGACCCCGGGCGCCGCUGCCAUGCGGCUGGCGCUGCUCUGGGCCCUGGGGCUCCUGGGGGCGGGCAGCCCUCUGCCCUCCCGGCCGCUGCCAGAUAUAGGUGGCACUGAAGAGAAGCAGGCAAGGCCAGAGAGGGCCCUGAAUGGGUCUUCGGAGCCCCAGAUCCUUCAGGACAACCUCACGCUCAGCCUAGCAGAGGUACUUCAGACCAGUCUGCCUGAGGCUCUGCGGAUCAAAUUGGAGUUGGAUGGUGAGAGUCAUAUCCUGGAGCUGCUACAGAAUAGGGAGCUAGUCUCAGGCCGUCCAACCCUGGUGUGGUACCAGCCUGAUGGCACCCGGGUGGUCAGUGAGGGACACACUCUGGAGAACUGCUGCUACCAUGGAAAAGUGCAGGGCCACGCCGACUCCUGGGUCUCUGUCUGCACCUGCUCCGGGCUCAGGGGCUUGGUGAUCCUGUCCCCAGAGAGAAGCUACUCCCUGGAGCUGGGGCCUGGGGACCUCCAGGGUCCCCCUGUUAUCUCCCGGCUCCAAGACCUCCUCCUGGCAGGCCACACUUGUGCCCUGAGCUGGCCUGCAUCUGUGCCCACUCAGGCUCCACCAGAGCACCCCCUGGGACAGCGUCACCUUCUCCGGUGGAGGCGGGACGUGGUGACAGAGACCAAGAUUGUUGAGCUGGUGAUUGUGGUUGACCAUUCCGAGGUCCAGAGGUACCGGGACUUCCAGAGCCUGCUGAACCGCACCCUGGAAGUGGCCCUCCUCCUGGACACAUUCUUCAGGCCUCUGAAUGUCCGGGUGGCGCUCGUGGGCCUGGAGGCCUGGACCCAGCGUGACCUGAUAGAGAUAAGCCAGGACCCAGGUCUCACACUAGACAGCUUCCUCCGCUGGCGCCGGACAGACCUGCUGCCUCGGUUGCCCCACGACAGUGCCCAGCUGGUGACUGCCACUUCAUUCUCUGGGCCCAUGGUGGGCAUGGCCAUUCAGAACUCCAUCUGUUCUCCUGAAUUCUCAGGAGGUGUGAACAUGGACCACUCCACAAGCAUCCUGGGAGUCGCCUCCUCAAUAGCCCACGAGUUGGGCCACAGCCUAGGCCUGGGCCAUGACUCACCUGGGAAUAGCUGCCCCUGUCCAGGUCCAGCCCCAGCCAAGAGCUGCAUCAUGGAGGCCUCGACAGACUUCCUGCCAGGCCUGAACUUCAGCAACUGCAGCCGACAGGCCCUGGAAAAAGCCCUCCUGGGUGGAAUGGGCAGCUGCCUCUUUGAACGGCUCUCCGGUCUGCCCUCUAUGGCCAGUGUCUGCGGAAAUAUGUUGGUGGAGCCCGGCGAGCAGUGUGACUGUGGCUUCCCAGAUGACUGCACUGAUCCUUGCUGUGAUUACUUCACCUGCCAGCUGAGGCCAGGGGCACAGUGCGCGUCCGAUGGACUCUGUUGUCAAAAUUGCCAGCUGCGCCCGGCCGGCUGGCAGUGCCGCUCUACCAGAGGUGACUGCGACUUGCCCGAGUUCUGCCCAGGAGACAGCUCCCAGUGCCCCCCUGAUGUCAGCCUGGGGGACGGUGAGCCGUGUGCUGGUGGACAGGCUGUGUGCAUGCAAGGACGCUGUACCUCCUAUGCCCAGCAGUGCCAGGCUCUCUGGGGGCCUGGGGCCCAGCCCGCCGCGCCACUUUGCCUCCUUACUGCCAACACUCGGGGGGACGCCUUUGGGAGCUGUGGGCGCAGCCCUGAUGGCAGCUAUGUGUCCUGUGCCCCUAGAGAUGCCAUUUGUGGGCAGCUCCAGUGCCAGGGAGGGAGGGCCCAGCCUCUGCUGGGCUCAGCCCGGGAUCUUCACUGGGAGAUGCUGGAAGCCAACGGGACCCAGCUGAACUGCAGCUGGGUACACCUGGACCUGGGCAACGACGUGGCCCAGCCCCUGAUGACUCUGCCUGGCACAGCCUGUGGCCCCGGCCUGGUGUGCAUCGACCAUCAAUGCCAACCGGUGGAGAUCCUGGGAACACAGGAAUGUCGAAGCAAAUGCCACGGGCAUGGGGUCUGCGACAGCAACAGACGCUGCCACUGUGAGGAGGGUUGGGCGCCCCCAGACUGCACCACCCACAUCAGAGCCACCAGCUCCCUGACCACAGGGCUGCCCCUCAGCCUCCUGUUGUUGCUGGUCCUGGUGCUGCUUGGUGCCAGCUACUGGCACCGUGCCCGCCUGCGCCAGAGACUCUGCCAGCUUAAGGGACCCAGCUGCCAAUACAGGGCAGCCCAGUCUGGUCCCCCCGAACGCCCAGGACGCCCGCAGAGGGCUCUGCUGAUGCCAGGUGCCAAGCAGGCUAGUGCUCUUGGCUUCCCGGCCCCUCCCUCCAGGCCGCUGCCUCCUGACCCUGUGCCCAAGAGACUCCAGGCUGAGCUGGCUGACCGACCCAAUCCCCCCACCCGCCCUCUGCCCGCUGACCCGGUGGUGAGGUACCCGAAGUCUCAGGGGCCCACCAAGCCUCCACCCCCGAGAAAACCACUGCCUACUGACCCUCCGGGCCAGCACCCUUCGGCUGACCUGCCUGGCCCUGGAGCUGGAAUCCCGCCCCCAGUGGUACCCUCCAGGCCUGCGCCGCCGCCCCCAGCAGUGUCCUCGCUCUACCUCUGACCUCUCCUGAGGUUCCGCUGCCUCCAACCUGGACUUAGGACUUCAACAGGCAGACCCCUGGAGUCCCCUGCGGUGACCGAAGGAGCUGGGGCCUGGACACUACGGAACAGGAGUCUUAAAACACUGACACCGGGCACCUCCACUUGCUGUCGAGCAGCACCCUGGGGACCCGCCCACGCAGUGGCAUCUUGGGGUUGGGGAGUGUCUGGGAGCUGGACGGAGCUGAGGGAGGUGCGCACAGCCUGUCUCUGCAGAACUGCAAUAAAAGUGAGGUCUUGGGA